AUGGAUGUGGAGCUCUAUAUCUACGAUCUCUCCGGUGGCCUGGCGCGGAUGUAUUCCAUGUCCUUUACAGGAAUCCAGAUUGAUGCUAUAUAUCACACUUCACUAGUCUUUGGAGGCGUGGAGUACUUUUUCGGCCAGGGUCUUCACAGGACUGUUCCUGGAACGACGCACCAUGGACAACCCAUGGAAAAGCUUCAUAUGGGACGGACGGAGUUGCCGAAUGAUGUUAUUCAGGAGUAUCUUGAGUCGUUAGCGCAGAUUUAUACACCAGAGUCGUACGACUUGUUUAUGCAUAACUGUAACAACUUCACGCAAGAUUUGUCCAUGUUCCUUCUUGGAAAGGGUAUUCCUGAGCAUAUUAAGUCUUUGCCAAAAACGUUCUUGAGCACUCCGCUUGGACAAAUGUUACGACCACAGAUCGAUAGAGCAAUGCGUGGUAUUACACAGGCAGAUCCCGGCCAACAAAUACCUCCUCCAUCUACACAAAUGCCCCGGAUACCUCAGCAACCUGCAGUAUCCGCUGCAUCUGCAACACCACAAAUCAAAGGAUAUGUAAGAAACGUCACCAACCUGAGAGACUUGGAUGAGCAGCUCUCUCUCGCCACAAAGUCUUGCGCCUGUAUCUUCUUUACUUCCUCAACUUGCGCCCCAUGCAAAAUAGUAUACCCAACAUAUGACGAACUCGCAGAAGAAGCCGGAGACAAAGCCAUUCUCAUCAAAGUCGACAUCAACAAAGCAUUUGACGUCUCAUCACGAUACGGAGUCCGCGUCACCCCGACUUUUAUGACAUUUCUCAAGGGAAAAAAGGAGCAUGAAUGGAAAGGAGCGAACCCCGCUGAGCUCAAGGGUAAUAUUCGUUUGUUGAUACAAUCUGCUUUCCCGCCUCAUCCUCAUACAGCGCUACGACUGCCUAGUUUACAGAGGCCUGUCACGAAUUAUGUGCUUUAUACGAGGGUGCCUCCCAUGGAGAAAUUGCUACAGAAGAUCGGGUCGUAUCAGCAUGAUCCUACCAUAGCGGACUUGGUCCAGUUUAUCAAGACCAGAUCGACGGCUCCUGCUGAUACACCGGUGCCGAAUCUUGCGUUCCUGGCGCAGUUCAUUCAAUCGACGCUUCCUUCGAUUCCGAAAGAUAACCUCUUCGCAUUGGUCGACUUGAUUCGUGUUGCAUUUGUUGAUCCUCGCGUCAGCGGCUAUUUUGCGGAAGAAUUAGGCCACAAGACUCUUUUGGCUCUACUUUCUCCUUCAUCUGAUUUGGCAUCCUGUCCCUAUAAUCUGCGCAUUGUCAUGCUUCAACUAGCAUGUAACUUCUUCACAUCACCAUUGUUCCCACAACAAAUCAUUACGAACGCCAACUUACGCGAAACAUGUCUCCGAUUACUCACGGGUUGUCUGUUGGACAGUCACACGAAUCUGCGUGUAGUUGCAGCAUCAUUUACGCAUAACCUGGCGGCCUAUAAUCACAAUGAGCGAUUCGCUAGUCGACCCGAUAUACUGACUGAAGAAGAUCAAGUCGAAAUCGCAGCAUCGCUGGUUGAAGCUAUCAACACCGAAGAGGAGAGUGUUGAGGCGUUGCAUGGGUUUUUGUUUGCGCUUGGAUUAUUGCUGUAUGAGGCCCCUGUUGACGGCGGGUUGAUGGAUCUUUGUCGCGCGAUGGGCAUAGCGGAGUCGAUUGCGGCGAAGAAGCAGGUUGAGAAGAUGAAGGGCGAGCCUCUUUUGAAAGAGAUUGGACAAGAGCUGUUGGUCAAGGGAUUGAAAUAG